AUGGACAAGGAAACACAUUUAUUGUCACUCCCCUUUGAGCUAAGGGAGAUGAUAUGGACACUUUGCUCCUCAGAUCAGAACUCAAACGGAUUGCUGAGAUGUUGCCAUCAGACAAGGGAUGAGUUCUCCCCACAUUGCAGACUCACCGAGGAUGUUGAGAAAUUUCGAACACUCCGAAUCUGGGUCGAUUCGACAUAUGAAGAUGGGAUCUGGCUUAAGUUCGACUACACAUGGGGCAAGGAAGGGUACACUCAUCGCGCCAUCAGCCAAGUUCGGGACAUGGGUGACCCUAUUGUCCAGAUGUUCCUCAAGAUCCGACAGGUCGACAAGAUUGUGGUGAACCUGCACGCCCCGAGGAGGGGAUACUUCGUCGGAGCGCUCUUCAUGAUGCUCGCCAAGGCAAUCGAUGUCUAUUUCUUCAUGUCCCAUAUGCUACGGAACAUCGACCCAGAACAGUCAGAUAUGGGACAGGUCGAGAUCAACUUCUCAACAGAAGAAAGACAGCCCGGCCAAACGGAAAAUCAAGCAAAGAACUUCUGGGAAUGCCGCACGUCCAAGGUUCUCGCAGAGUCUAUAAGGAAGCACUGGCUCUGUUCUGGGCCCAUGCCCUGCUUCUACGAGUACUUCCUCAUCAGUCAUCCCUGUGUAUUUCCGCACCCACCCACCAUCAACUAUUUGACGUGGCCUAGAAGACAUGUCCACAGGAAGUACUCUGGUGAUACUAGGUCGGCGCGGUUUUCUCAUAUUACAUCCGUUCGUGGGCUCGGUAGACCCCGUGAACUAUCGCCAAAAGCUGGAUAUGAGUUCAUAAUGCGAAUCAAGGUACCUGGUCUCCCUGGUCGCUUUGUUCACCAAGAGAGAAUUGCCGAGUUCGCCGCUGUCGCCAUGACUGUACCCCGCUGCGAUUCUUAUCCUAUAGCGGAUCCAAACAGAGUACUUAGAGAACCAAGACUUUAUGAGUCAAGGCUUCAUUGGCCGCAUAUAUACUACGACAAACAGAAUCUUAUGUUUAGAUUCCAGUUCUGCCUGGACAAUCUCCCAGGUCCAAUCGGCGGACACAUGGACAUGCUGCGGCUGCAUCGGUUCAAGGCCAUGAAUAAGUGCACACACAACUUUUUCGCUCGACAGUCCAACGAUGCUGCGAACUGGGGAGGGCUUUACGGUGCAGCUACUGAAAUGUCCAGGCGACUAGCUACGCUAUUCGACCCUUUCGCCAGGAGCCAUGUGAUUAAGAUGCGCCAGAGCUGCCCUCAUCUAAGAGCAGUCAAGUGGGCUACUGCUACUUCUCCUCAGUCGCAGGAAGAUAACGCCUGGCUACAGCAUUAUCCUACGGGCAUUCGAUAUCACUGGGGUGGACGCAACCUCAUUGAGUGGCGGCUUCAUUGGCGAACGCAAGGAAUCAGCUGGCAAGAUAAGAAUCAGUAUAAAUUACAGAGUUGGGGGCUGAACUCUGUACGUCUGCAUCAAUGGUGGGAGUGUAUAGCUUCUUAUCAAGAUUCGGGGGUCAUCCUCAACCAGCUUGCACUUCCCCGUGAACGAGAGGCUCUACAGCGGCUUCUCCCACACGCUGCAGACAGUGAGCGACCGGUAGUGAUUCGACGGGAUCGGGACGAAUGUAUUUAUCGGAACGCCAGAAGAGUUUGUGGAUAUAUGGCUUCCGAUUUCUGUUUCAUGGCUUGGAGUUGUUGGCGCUGGGCUGAAUUGGCGGGAAAGGAGACCUUCUAUAGCACAUACCGAGACGGAUUGCCGGGUCAUCUACGUGGGACUCCUAAUAGGGUGUUUUAUGGCCCCAAUGGAGAGUUGGAUUAUCGUGAGUGGUUUCUCAACUUCAAGAGGGUACGAGACUGA